UUUCACUCCAAUGCAUCAGAGUUGGUCAACAUUAGGCCACAAGCUGGGACUUACACAAUGUCUGCUUCUGGAUAUGCAAGAACAAGAGGGAGCAGUGCCUUCUUCUAUCUAUUUCUCGCAGUUUCUGUUGCACAGAUUACCAUGUGCUUCUCUGCAAAGGUUUAUGUAGUCUACAUGGGAAGCAAAAAUGGCGAAGACCCAGCCGAAAUUAUAAGGCACCACCACCAAAUUCUUGCUUCUGUUCACAGUGGAAGCAUUAACGAAGCCGAAGCUUCGCUUGUUUAUAGCUACAAACAUGGUUUCAGGGGAUUUGCAGCGAAGCUGACUGAUGAGCAGGCUUCUCAGAUUUCAAAAAUGCCUGGAGUGGUUUCUGUGUUUCCCAAUUCUAAAAGAAGGCUACAUACAACUCAUUCGUGGGACUUUAUGGGUCUUCUGGACGAUGAAACGAUGGAGAUUCUUGGGUUCUCCACCAGAAACCAAGCAAACAUCAUCGUUGGUUUCAUUGACACUGGAAUUUGGCCUGAAUCUCCAAGUUUUAGCGAUGUCGACAUGCCGCCGGUGCCACCAGGAUGGAAAGGAAAAUGUGAAUCAGGAGAAGCAUUCAAUGCUUCUUCUUGCAACAGGAAAGUCAUUGGAGCUAGAUACUACAUGCGUGGGUAUGAAGUAGAAGAAGGAUCAGACUCAGACAUAAAAGUCUCUUUCAGAUCCCCAAGAGAUAGCUCCGGCCAUGGCAGCCACACAGCUUCAAUAGCCACAGGGCGGUACGUGCCCAACAUGAACUAUAUGGGAUUGGCAGGUGGAGGAGCCAGGGGAGGAGCACCAAUGGCUAGGAUUGCUGUGUACAAAACUUGUUGGGACUCAGGCUGCUAUGAUGUAGAUUUGCUGGCUGCUUUUGAUGAUGCUAUUAGAGAUGGGGUUCACAUUUUGUCUGUGUCUCUGGGUCCUGAGUCUCCUCAAGCAGACUACUUUAAUGAUGCUAUAUCAGUGGGGUCGUAUCAAGCAGCCAAUCGUGGGGUGCUGGUGGUUGCAUCGGCUGGGAACGAAGGGUAUCCUGGUUCUGUUACCAACCUUGCACCAUGGAUGAUCACUGUUGCUGCUAGCUCCACUGAUAGGGAUUUCACCUCUGAUGUCACAUUGGGAAAUAGUGUCAAUAUCACGGGUGAAAGUCUGAGUCUCUCUGAAAUGAGUGCCUUUGCAAGGAUAAUUUCUGCUUCUGAAGCUUCUGCAGGAUAUUUCACUCCUUAUCAAUCCAGCUACUGCAUAGAAAGUUCCCUCAAUAAGACCAAGACCCAAGGGAAAGUUCUGGUGUGCCGACAUGCAGAGAGUUCAAUAGAGUCAAAGGUAGUGAAAAGUACUUUAGUGAAAGAAGCAGGCGGAGUUGGAAUGAUACUUAUAGAUGAAACAGGUCAAGAUAUUGCCCUCCCGUUUGUGAUACCUUCAGUCAUUAUUGGAAGGAGAACAGGCCGCCAUAUUCUCUCGUACAUCAACAAUACACGUAAGGCAAUGGCAAGGAUUUCCAGAGCAAAGACAGUAUUAGGAGCAAAGCCUGCACCACGUGUGGCAGCAUUUUCUUCCAAAGGCCCCAACAGCUUAACCCCAGAAAUUCUGAAGCCUGAUGUCACAGCCCCAGGAUUGAACAUCCUUGCAGCUUGGUCUCCAGCAGCCAAAAACAUGAUGUUCAACAUUCUCUCAGGAACUUCCAUGGCUUGUCCUCAUAUAACUGGAAUUGCAACCUUAAUCAAAGCUGUUCAUCCUUCAUGGUCUCCAUCUGCUAUCAAGUCUGCCAUCAUGACAACUGCUACAAUUCUGGAUAAGCACCAUGGACUCAUCAGGGCCGAUCCUGAACAAAGAAGUGCCAAUGCAUUUGAUUAUGGAUCAGGCUUUGUGAACCCUGCAAGAGUUCUUGACCCCGGUCUCAUCUAUGAUAUAGAAGCAGAAGAUUAUCUAGCAUUCCUCUGUUCACUUGGGUACAAUGAGAGGUCACUCCAUCUUGUUACUAGAAACAACAGAACAUGUGAUAGGGCAUUCAAAUCUGCAUCCGAGCUCAACUACCCAUCCAUCACAGUGCCAAACCUCAAAGACAAUUUCUCAGUGACUAGAACUGUGACUAAUGUUGGAAAAGCGAUAAGUAUUUACAAAGCCGCAGUGUCUCCUCCUGCAGGAGUUAAUGUCACCGUGGUGCCAAACAGGUUAAUCUUCACAAGGAUUGGGCAGAAAAUCAACUUCACUGUGAAUUUCAAAGUUGCUUCUCCCUCAAAGGGCUAUACAUUUGGUUUCCUGUUAUGGAGGAAUGAAAGAUUGCAUGUCUACAGUCCUUUAGUUGUCAGGGUUUCACCUGGAAAACUUGGGUUGGUCAGAUAACAACGCUUGUACAUUACUGAAGUCCCUAUAGGAACUGGAAACAACCAUUCAUACUGAAAUCUGGAAGUACUGGACAAUCACUGCCAAAGUUACACCAAAGAUAUAUGAUGUUUGGAGCAGCAAGCAAGAUCAACUUCAGAAUAAGAAGACCGGAACUACUCUAAAAGUACAUGAUCAUCAUCAUUUCAUUUGUCAGUUGUAACAACAGAACUCGGUUCUGUGGCUUCUUCAGAAUUUCCCAAGUAUUUAAAUGGAUGUGAGCGUCUUCCCCUAUAACUUGAUUUGAGAUUAAAACACUUGGCUUAGGCCAGUAUAAUUCUGGAGAAUGGAUGCUCAAAUAUAGUGAUAGUUUUAUCCA